GGGCGACAACAUCUCCACGACCGUUUCUGUUGUGUGAUUUGAUUCCGGAGCUGAUGCUCAUGUGUGAGGCUGGCCAACAGGCCAUGCGAUGCUCAAAUAGCAGGGCACCUACUCAAACCAUCGAGUAGGCCUUCUGUCGCUUCGUGUUGUCCUCGCAUCCGUUUCCAUUGCUUAGAUUCAACCAUCCCGCCUUCAAAUCUUGCGCGCCGCCGUCGCCCGCGAAAGAAACAGCAAAGGAAAAAUGUCCUCCGUGCUCAAGCAAUCCGUCAAGCUCGCCUGCGUGCAACUCACCCCCGGCGCCGACAAGACGGCCAACCUCAGCAACGCGGCCGCACGCGUCGCCGACGCCGCCCGCUCCGGCUCCCGCAUCGUCGUUCUCCCCGAGUGCUUCAACUCCCCGAUCGGCUCCAAGUACUUUGCGCAGUAUGCCGAGACCUUGAGGCCCUUCCCGCCGAGCCGCGAGCAGUCGCCUUCAUUCCAUGCCCUGUCCGCCAUGGCCGCCGACAACAAGGUCUACCUCGUCGGUGGCUCCAUCCCCGAGGCCGACGCCGACACGGGCAAGUACUUCAACACGAGCCUCAUCUUCGGCCCGGACGGGACGCUGCUCGAUAGCUUUCGCAAGAUACACCUCUUCGACGUCGAUAUUCCCGGCAAGGUGACCUUUCGCGAGUCCGAGGUCUUGAGCGCCGGGAAUAGGAUCGCCCUCGUGUCGCUUCCCGAGUAUGGCACCAUCGCCGUUGCUAUUUGCUAUGACAUACGCUUCCCGGAGCUCGCAAUCAUCGCCGCCCGCAAGGGUGCGUUUGCUCUCAUCUAUCCCAGCGCCUUUACCCUGGCUACGGGCGCGAUUCACUGGCAGCUCCUGGCCCGAGCCCGCGCCAUCGAUAACCAGAUAUACGUGGCCAUGUGCAGCCCCGCGCGCGAUCUAUCUGGGCCGUACCACGCCUGGGGCCAUAGCAUGAUUGUCGACCCCAUGGCCAAGGUGCUCGUUGAAGCCGACGAGAAGGAAAGCAUCAUCGAGACGGAGCUUCACGACCAGUGCAUCGUGGAGGCGCGACGCAACAUACCGCUGAAUGCGCAGAGGCGGUUUGACGUGUACCCGGACGUGAGCCAGGGCAAAAUACAGUUUGACGAGCCGUGCCCGCAGGCUUGA